AUGCUGUUUCACGCCCUCUGCUCUGCAGCUUCGCUCACGACACCGCUGCUGAUCAGCGGCGGCAUGUGGCGACCGGCACGAGCGCACACGCGAAUGCAGCAAGGCUACGAGGAGGCCUUCGGCGAGUACGGCGGCCAGUCCGGCGGCGGCGAACAGCGGCAGUACCUGUACGACUCGCCGCAAGACUACUACGACGCCUCCAGUAGCUUCAACCAGCGGCAAGACGACUACUACACCGGAUCGCUGCAGGCCGGCGGCGGCGGGCAGGCCUACAGCGGCGAGGGGCAGGUCUGGGUGCUCCACCCGCUACGAGGCGUGCGCGGCUUCUCGAAUGCGCUGGCGUGCGACCCGGCCAGAGACUACUCCGCCCCUCCGUACGCGCUGCGGCGCGGCGAGGAGCACGUGCUGAGCCGGUGGAACAUGGAGCGGCAGCGGCUGACGGUGUCGCGGAUGCAGUGCGUGGUUGGCGUGGCGGAGGACGGGGCGGCGUACGUCACGUCGCACGGUAGAGGGCCAACCUACUGGCGAGAGAGCGGAGGGCCGUGGUACGCGCUGGAGCGAGGCGUGAGCGCGCCUCUCGCCGACGGAGACCAGGUCUCCCUCGACUGGCAUGACCCCGAGGCCGCCAUCUUCGGGUGCCGCGUUGAGGCGGAGGAGCGGCUGGGCGGCGGAGGGCCUCCGGGCGGGUGGGUGGCGCUAGUCGACGAGGCCAGCGGAGCGACGUACUACUAUGACGAGGCGACGGGUGCUUCGCAGUGGGAGCCACCCGCGGCGCACCAGUGGAGGUGA